CGUACACUGCUGUUAGUCGGACACGAAGUGUGACCGCAUGCUUUGAGGCUAAUUUGGAAAGCACUUUCCAAGAGUUGGCGAGAAUGUCUUCCUAAGGCGACCAUGUCCCUUCUUCGCACCUCGACACAGCAGACAGUUGUAGUGCAAGCAAAGGAGAAGCCAACAGGUGCUUUCAUAUUCCAGGAAAGUAAAAGUGGACGUCACGGAAGGAUGAUGCAUGAGGAAGCCUGAGCACAACAGCUUUCAGCAGCUCCAGCUUGUUCGAAGUGGGCAUCCGUCAAUCUUAUCUACAUUGUGAUGGCAGGUGGAGUUCCCUGCAGCCCCAUGCUCUAUUUUUCGCCAGACGGAGCAAGGUACACCGCGAGCCCUGAUCCCGUCGCGAAGCUGCCUGUCUCCGAAAAGGACAUAACUACCCGGGAAUGGUUUCAGCCGAUGAGGAGUGUCCCAGCAAUCCUUCUCUACUCAGUUCACAAUGAAGCGGGGUUGGAGCAUAUCUUCUUAGGUUUGAAACUUGGCUGCAGUUCUCUCGUCAUAUGGCACUGGGCAUAAUCCCUGUCCUUUGACUUUCAGGUCAGAAAAGUUCUCAGUCUGGCUUGAAGAGCAUAACUUGGAGUGAUCUGGUUUUGAAAGCCUACUUAAGUCGGAUUGUCAGUGGAAGGCAAAGGUUGAGCAUGUCCUCAUUCCCAUGCAGAAUCAGGUGUACAAUCAAACGCCAGUGACAGACACCACUGCUGCUCGUUCACUACUGCAAUGAAAAAUUACCGCAAAGCCUUGGAAUGCUCAUCCACACAAAUUGUGGAUCUGAACACUAAAGCGAAAGGAGAAUUCCUCAACUAACUCUUCGGAGUUUCGGGAGCAUCGUGCUCGGCUGGACAGACAGACUAUAGAGACGUUGCUCGGCUCGCAGUACUACGCACCGACCUCCAUUCCUCCGCAGUUUCUCCCGUUACCAUAUUAUGCAGUUCGAGCAGAUUCGGAGAGAAGGUGUUUUCUUGGAGUCUUUAAUUGAGUUAUUGAAUUAGAAGUGAGGCCGAACCUGCGAUACACGGGCGUACUAUCCCUGCGCCACGGAGGCCAGAUCCGAGGGGCUAGGCAUUAAGAGACAGGUGGUGCUGUUCACUGCUGUUACACAGAUACCGGUAAAGAGACAGGCUGGACGGCCCACUUUCCUGUUUACAUCACCAAGGAAAAAGAUAUGUCUCGCGGUUUUAGCGACGCCCUCGAGGCAUGAGGUGUGAGGCGUGGCUGUCGCGUCAAGCCUUCGCCUCCGGGCUCUGAUUUGGUGCUGGUGUGCCACAAGUCCUUGUACUACGCAUCUUUCUGAGCUCUUUCACCUCGUGCCAGUCAUGCAGUUGUGAACAUCAAUCUCCGGUCACGCCGGCCGAGAUUGGAGUUCCAUACCCUUCACACCAGUUACGUUGGUAUAACUUUUCGACCGUCAUCAAAAAUCUAGUGAUCCCAGCAGAUGUGGCUCUUCUAGACAGCUUGACAAGUCGUGGAAGUGAUGCUUCGAGAUUCCAGGGGGCUUCAAGGGAAUCUGCUAGAGAGAUCUGUUUCAGGCGAGGGAGACCUUCUGGGAACGAGCCAAAGGGGACGAAAACCAUGACCAAGCAUCUUUAUCCUGUUGUGGCCCAUUGGGUUGAGGCAAUGUUGGGAACAUACUGGGAAGUCUGUUUUACACAAGAUUUAUGCUGCCUCCCUUUGAGUGAGCGGCAGAUCACUUCUGGACGGGAUCAACUCUUUGUAUCAGUUCGAGGCGGAACGGGAAGAAAUGCUGGUGAGAUGUUAAAGCGUGAGCACUGGAGAGCAUAUAGCUGGCUUCUACGCUUCGAAAGUCCGCGUGGUCCCCUCCACAGCUGGCAGGCAGUCAAGACGGGCGAUACUCUAGCUGGAUUCCUCAAUGCCGCUGCUCGGCAUUAUCAGCUGAAGCUUCUAAACAAGUACAGUCAACCUGGCUGCUGCUUACUUCGGCCUAUACAAUAGGGAGUUUUCUACUCUGCAUGGUAGAGUAACUACACGUUAGAUCAGGUUAACAUAUAAACGGCCUUCAACCCCGCUGUGUCUUACAUGGAAAAUGCAACUGGUUCUAGGUCACCACACAAGUAUUACAUAUCCCUCAGGUUGCCCUUACUGGUCAAAAUUCUGGCAACGCUUGAGCUUCGGAUCAUAGAUCGAUUGACCUUCAUUGUUCUGUUUCCAAUCCAUACAUAAUCGAAAAUCCACUGUCAGAAUCUGUGGUGAGGAAGACAGGCACCAAGAUUCAUUACUUGCUACACAGCAAAGCUGCUAAAGGUGAGCUGUAAGGAAUGGGGCAAUGCCUAGGGGGAAAACAAACCGAAGUAACGAGGGAGUGAGGAGACGACAUAGUGGUUAUCGAGGGGGAUAUGAUUUUACUGAGCUGCCCCGUCUUCUCACCGUACAUGCACGUGAGAGCAGAAAGUCUGAUGAGAACUGAGGUACGGUUCAUGAUAGAGAAAGGGUUUUGUUAGUGCUCCCCGAUACCGUGUUAUUUACCUGAACUGAGUACGCUCAUCGCUUUCUCAAUGCAAUCAGGAGCUGUACGUUGUGAUAUGUAGGGCUUGAAAAGAUUAGUAUCCGCCCGAGUUCACAGAAUACAUCUUAUACAGAUCCUCGAACAUGUUCCAAAUUAAGCCACAAAUAAGACUUGACGGACCCACAGAUGCGGACAAAAAGUGGCAGUGAGAAACCAGAAAGGUAAAAGGGCCCCCAUGAAGUACACGACGUCCUGUAUUAACACAUUGUUGAAAAGAAGUCAAGGUAGAGAGUUUAUCAUAGGGCUCUACAAGAUAGUCGCAGUGCAUCCACAUCAAGGAAAUCCAAGCCAAUCGGUUGAG